AUGGCAUUUUCUACACGGUCAGACGAGACUUCCGUGGUGCCUGCUCCGCUUCCCCAGUCUGUCGGAUAUGGCGUCGUCGUCGCUCUUGGGCUCGCAUUUGCGUUUGGCAUGAUGGGCGUCACGUCCGUUUUGAAGAGAACCCUCAGCGAAGACAACUCAAAAGCCGAGACGUCAGUUGAACGAUCAGCUGAUCCCAGACUCAGCAUACUGAUUUUCUUGCAGGUUUAUGGUGGCCGACCGAAAGUCCGGACUGGCCUUGUGGCUUCCGCCGUUGUGUCGUCAUGGUUGUGGAGCACAGCAUUGCUGAGCUGUGUGCUUGUGACUUACAGCUACGGUCUUAGCGGUGCAUUUUGGUACGGCGCAGGUUGCUCAACUGUUAUUGUCUUUUUCGGCUACCUUGGAGUUGUUUGCAAGAGACGCGUUCCAGAGGCACACACCAUUCUAGAAGUCAUCCGCAUACGAUAUGGUAAUGUUGCACAUCUGAGCUUCACUUUUCUUGCCGUGGUCAACAAUCUCCUCAACACUAUCAACAUGAUCCUGGGUGCAUCGGCCGCCAUUUCCUUCUUAACCGGGAUACAUAUCAUGGCUUCCACUUUCUUGUUGCCUCUCGGCGUUGUUCUCUACACACUUGUCGGGGGUAUAAAGGCCACAUUUCUCACAGACUAUAUACACACCUUCAUCAUUCUUAUCUUGUGUUGCUGGCUCACACUCAAAGUCCUCAUGUCCGAGAAUGUAGGCUCGAUUGGUGGACUCUACGAUUUGGUCGUUGCCGCUGAAGAGCAGCAUGUGAUUGACGGCAACUAUGAAGGCUCUCUUCUCACCAUGACGUCGCAGCAAGGCAUUUUCUUUGCCAUAAUUCUGGUCGUCUCCAAUGUUGGAGCUGUCGUUAUGGACACCGGCUAUUUUCUGAAAGCAUUCGCAGCGUCGCCCCAUGCUGUUGUGCCUGGAUACGUUAUCGGAGGUAUUUCGUACUUCGGUAUACCAUGGUGUCUCGGUACCAUUGUUGGAAUGGCGUCGCUGGGUCUUGAAGCCUUGCCUGUGUUCCCAACGUACCCAAGAUCAAUGACAAGUGCAGAAGUCACUAGUGGGCUCGCACUACCCUAUGUGGCAAUUGCGGUUGCCGGCAAAGGAGGCGCUGUUGCCGUCUUGUUGAUGACAUUCAUGGCCGUUACGUCCACUCUAUCAGCGCAGAUCCUGGCUGUGUCCUCAAUCCUGACGUUUGACAUUUAUCGAGUAUACUUCAACAAAAAUGCCGGUAACAAAGAAGUCAUAAAAUGGGGGCAUCUUGGCGUCGUCUCUUUCGGUGUGCUAGCCGCUGGUUUCACUUCAAUGUUUCAUUACAUUGGGGUUGAUAUGGGAUGGACGCUGUAUAUGCUAGGCGUCCUCACAUGUCCCGGGGUUGUCCCGCUCAUCUUCACCAUUACUUGGCGUAAGCAAAGCGGUCUUGCAGCUGUCGGCUCUGCCUCUCUCGGAAUGGGUACCGGUCUCGGUAUAUGGCUCGGCUCUGCCUAUGUUUUCUCUGGGGAGGUAACCAUAUCCUCGACUGGUGAAACACUGCCUUGCAUGUAUGGCACUUUGGCUUCACUACUCAGUCCCUUGCUCUACAGUGUAAUUAUCUCCUCUAUCAGGUCGGAUAACUACAACUGGAGCGACUUCAAGCAAGAGAAGCUUGCUAUCGACGUAGACAAGACGGCCGACAAUCAGGCCAGAGCAGAAAAUGCAAAGUUCGCAACCGCGGCGGAUGUCUCUGAGGUCCCCAACGGCGAAAAGGAACGCCGCUGGGCUCGACACGCCUUGUGGUGGGCUGUUGCAACUUUCCUUGGUCACUGGGUACUCUGGCCACUGCCCAUAUAUGCUGCCAAAUACGUUUUCAGUAGAGAGUUCUUCACUGCCUGGACAGUUAUGUCAUUACUGUGGCUGUGGUCAACCCUAUUUGUAGUUGGUAUCUACCCCAUCUGGGAUGGUCGGCGUCACAUCAAAACAGUUCUGCACAGCCUUUCAGAUAUGGUUCACUUCAGAUUCUAG